AUGGGUGCUUCCCAGAGUGUUUUCACCGAAGAAGAACUUGACGAUUACCAGACACUGACAUACCUGUCCAAAAAGGAGAUUUUAAAUGUUCACAAGAAGUUCAAAGCCUUAGCUCCAGAACUAGUAAUAGCUGAUAAAAAUGCCAAAUUGCCGUUGUCAAAAAUUAAACAGUUCCCUGAACUGAAGGUGAAUCCUUUCAAGGAUCAGAUCUGUAAAGUGUUUUCAUCCUCUGACGAUGGCAUGACUUUUGAGGAUUUCCUGGACAUGAUGUCUGUGUUCAGCGAUGGGGCACCCAAAAACGUCAAAGUUGAAUACGCAUUUAGAAUUUAUGAUUUUGAUGGAGAUGAUUUGAUCUCCGACUCAGACCUGAAGAUGGUGAUUGAAAGACUGGUUGGGGAGAACCCGUUGACAAAUGAUGAGUUGCAGCAGCUGAUAGAUAAUAUCAUGGAAGAAGCAGACCUUGAUGAUGACAAGACCCUGUCGUUUGCUGAAUUUGAGCAUGUGAUAUCAAAAGCUCCUGACUUUGUAAACUCUUUUCGCAUCAGAAUAUGA